CAAUGCUCAGUUUCGAUACAUUUUAUGUAAAGUAAAUGUUUUUGUGAAGAAAAUGAUCUAUAGCUGUAUUUAAAACUGAAAGACAACUAUUGUAGAUUUGUUUAUAAUUUUAAAAUUCUACGUGGAUUUGUUUUUGAUAGACUAUUCAAUAAACAAUAUUGUAUUGACGUGAAGAAAUUUGUAAAAUAGUGCUUUGUAGUAAGUGGAUUGUUCAGAAUAAUGACAAAAUUAGCUGGCACAAGGCGAGCACGCAACCAAGCUACAUCUCUUGCUAUACCACGUCAAAACUCUAUAACUGAUAAUAGCAAGACUCGUCAAAAUUUAAGUCCAGAAGCUCUGGCGUCUAUGAGUAAGGAACAACUCAGAGCUGAAUGCAGAAAGAGAGGCCAACGGACUACAGGCAACAAAAAUGAACUGCUAUCCCGUUUGGGAUACUACAAGCUGGCGGCCGCAGUCCAAGUAGAAACGGAGCAGCGUUCGAGGAACGGUUUGCACUCACCUCCUAAGGAGACCAAAACGAAAGCCGCUUUAAUGGAUACGGAAAGUUUGGUAUUAUGGCGGAAACCUUUUACGACGCUCGAAUAUUUUUUUAGAGAACUCCUUAUAUUAUGCUCGACGGGCUUAAAGAGAUUGUUAGCAUACAAAGCACUAGCCUUAUUUAUAUUUCUAACAAUCAUCAAUAUCGCCUUCUCCUACCACAUCAAGGGCCCCCACCAACCUUAUGUGCAGGAGGCAAUUCAGACCCUGGCUUGGUGGGGAUGGUGGGUGAUUCUGGGCGUGUGUAGCUCAGUCGGUCUCGGUACCGGCCUGCACACAUUCCUAUUAUACCUCGGGCCCCAUAUAGCGAGGGUCACACUGGCAGCGUACGAAUGCGGAGGCUUGAACUUCCCGUCGCCGCCUUACCCCAAUGAUAUAAUAUGUCCGAGCGAGGUGGAUCCUAACAAUGCGGUGUCUAUAUGGAAUAUAAUGGCCAAGGUUCGUAUCGAGUCCAUGAUGUGGGGCGUCGGUACGGCUUUGGGUGAACUGCCCCCAUACUUCAUGGCACGAGCCGCUAGGAUCUCCGGUGGUAGCGUGGAGGGGCUCAACGAAAAAGACGAUUCUAGGACCGGGAGGGCCAAGGUGAUGAUUCAGAAGUUGGUGCAGAAGGUUGGUUUCGCUGGUAUAUUGGCUUGUGCGUCUAUACCAAACCCGUUGUUCGAUUUGGCCGGUUUGACUUGCGGACAUUUUCUCGUACCGUUUUGGACAUUCUUCGGAGCCACGGUCCUCGGUAAGGCCGUUGUCAAGAUGCAUCUGCAGAAGAUGUUUGUUAUCGUCGCCUUCAAUGAGACUCUAGUCGGACAAGCCCUAUCCUGGGUUGAAAAAAUACCGUACGUAGGACCGAAGUUGGAAGCUCCAUUGCUAGAAUUCCUGAGGAAUCAAAAGGCUCGUUUACACAAGAAUGAUAAUACGUCACAAGAGAACCAAGGCUCAAUACUGUCGAGCAUCCUGGAGAAAUUUGUAUUGGCAAUGGUGUUGUACUUCAUCGUGUCCAUAAUAAAUGCACUCGCACAAAACUACAACAAACGCAGCACCAAGAAGAAAGGCAAAAAGAAGGAGUAAAUGUCCCGGCGGAGCAUGUGAUGUAAUGAUUAAAAAAACAUAUACAAAUCAUAGAAAAAUUUCAAUACAUCACAGAGCAGAUAUAAUAAAAAUUUGACCGAUGCAUUAUCUUGAUGGAGUAGAAUAUGUGAAAAAUAUAUUUAAGGUAUACUUUAUCCACAUUACCUAAUUCAUGUUUACAUUACCUGUAAUACUUACCGUACAGUAGGUAAUAUAUAUAUAUAAUUAUUAAUUAUUCAGUCAGUUAAAGUUUAAUGGUAUGACUUUGUCCAAGGAUUCGGAAAUACCAUCUAGGUUUUUGAAAAUGGGGUAUUCUGUGUUAAUAGUUAGAGAAUUAACAAAAUUUUUGGUUAUAAAAAUACCCCAUUUUAAAAAAUGAAUCGUACAUGAGCUGAAACAUAGAGUAAGUUAUAUAUUGUUACAUAGUUACCAACUAACUAAGGUCAAGUUAAGGGCGCUUUAAUUACUUUGUCCUAAAUCUAUUGUCUAUGGUAUUUUGGUUAGAACUUUUUGGUUAAAAGGUAGCAAUUCCAGCUGUUAGAAUCACCGAAUAAAGAUGUUUUAACGUAGUAGUUAAUUCAUUUUAUAGCAGAAUUUGAUGGGAAUUAUAAUAUCUACAGCACCGGCUAGAUAAAUAUCAUUAAUGUGUUUAGGCAUCAGUAUCAUAGCAAAAUGACAUCAUUUUUAACUAACAACAAAUAAUUAAUACAAUGUUUAAUUAUUUAAAAGACAUUUAUAUGAUAAGUAGUUUUUGAAACAUUAUAGUAUUAUAAUAAAAAGUAAAUUGAUCCAAAAAUAAACAAUUUAGAUCCAGAAUAAGUAUUUAUUCAAUAGUAAUCAGUUUGUCUAUUGUACUUGUAGUUGUAAAAUGAUUUCUCACAGUAAUAUUGUAAGGUACCAUUUAGCACUUAUGUGUGUUUAGAUUAGUUGAUAGCAGCUAUUGCACGACCAUGUGGAUCUUGCCCUUAUGUUAGUGUGAACACGGUCUUAUAAUUUAAACGUAAGAACUGUAAUAGAUUUCAAAGAUAUAGUCUGUGGAGACUUUCCGUUUAAUUUUUAUUCCCAUGCUAUAAUAUUAAUAGGUCGCUCAAAAAGUUUCUCUGUGUGCUAAUUUUGACAAAAAAAAAAAGUAAGGUGCUUUGAAUGUAUGAAGUGGUUGUUUAAACACCUCUGAUACUGCAAGAGUGUUAUGAACAUGAAAUAGAUGCUACCAACAGACGUUGUUUAAUAAAAGAUUUUAUUCGUACAAUCCCAUGUCUGCGGUACAAAGAUUUCGGUUAAUUUAAAUAUAGUGCCAAAAUUAUAUAAACUAACAAACAUCUUUCAUUAAAAAGUAAUCUCUGUAGUAAUUAUAUUUUAUUGUAAUAAAACCUUUUGUUACAAAGUCUCUCGGUGUUACUAUUUUUAAUCAUAAUACAAGGCGCUAUAGUUUAUGUAGUAAGUAUAUCUAAGGAAUGUACUAAAAAUAUAAGCAUAUGCUCUUCUAUGGUAACAUCCCUAGUAAGAACACAAGGUAUAAAGACAUACUUUAACAAUUAAGUGUGCUUAGUAAUAAGGGUGUGUGUACAUGGAAUGAUUUAAUUUAUCCAAUUUACAUAGAACAUAUUUUUACAUAUAAUUGUAUGUAAAAAUAAAGAAGUAGAAAAUUUUUUGCCAACAAAGUGCAUGGAGCUGGUUCAGUAUUACCCCUAUUUAAGGAAGCAAUUUAUAAUAUGAAAUCCUUAAUGCUUCAACAAUAUUCAUUAUUUAAUAUAAGUAUGUUUUAAACAUAACCUUUUAAUAUGGAGAUUUCGUUUUUAACUAAUUACAGCCAAAAGUAGACAAGGAAGAAAUAAAAAGAAAAAAAAAAUGUCUUCUUAACCUUUUGCACUCUGAUAGAUUGUUCACAAUAUUUCCGUAUAAUUGUAUGUAUUAGUGAAUCAUUUGUCUUCUAUGUAUUAAGUAAAUAAUCUAGAUUGUACCAAAAAUGUCAUUCGGUUUUGUAUAGUCAUUAAUAUUGAUAAAUUUAUCUCUUUGGUACUUUUUCCUUGAACUAUAUAUGAAUAUAUAUAUAUAUAUAUAUAUAUAUAUAUUUUAUUGACAACUAUUCAAAGGCACAAUGAUUUAACAUUAAUUUAUAAUAGGAAAACGAUUUAUUGUUUUAAUAAUGCUGUUUUUUGUUUAAAAUUAAACUUAAAAAUUAUUCCGAAUUUAAAUUAUGUGUAAUAAAUUAAAACAUAGUCUCACUCUUACCUUUCUGUAUUUCGACAAAUACUCUCAAACAGAGCUUAUCCUGUCCCUUAUAAAUAUCGUUUAACUUUUUAGCCUGACAUAUAUAAAACAUAAUUUUAUUGAUAUUAGAAUUAAAUUAGUGUGUAUUUUACAUUUAAAACAUUCCAUUCAACAAAGUCAACCUUAAAAUGUUUCAGUGGAAUGCUAUUUUCCUUAAUCAUCUGUUACCUAAUACUUUUCAAAUAUGUCAUUUGUAAUUAUUAUUAAUUAAGCAAAUAUAAUUUUAUAUGUUGUGUUUUGUUUUUUUUUUUUUAUUAUCGAAAAUGUUAAAUUGAAUUUUAUUUACGGCAUUGGGUUGUUAAUAUUGCAUUAUUAAAUUGUGUUGUUAUAUAAAUUGUCUAUGAUUUUAAAUAGUUAUAUGAAUUCAGUGAUUGUCAUGGUACGUUUAGUACAAAUGCUAUUAGUUUAAUAUGUUUGAAAUUUUAUAAUUUAAAGCAAUAAUAAAAGAGUGGUUAUGAAA